AUGAGUUCAAGAAAAGGCAAGCGUAAUUUAGGUAAUAAACAUUUUCCCAUAGCGGAAUCUGUGAGUAUAGCCCUAAAAAUCCAGUUAGAUAAGUUCUUAACUGAUGAAAAUGAAACUGAAUUGAAGUUUCCAACAUUUCUUUCGGCUCAAGAACGAGGAUUCAUCCAUGAAACAGUGGCAAAAUUAGGCUUAAAGUCUAAAUCGCGCGGGAAAGGUGUGAAUCGUUAUAUUACAAUAUAUAAACGAAUAGGAUCUACCAUUAUUCAAAAUGAUGCCAAACUCAUAUUGGAUUCUUAUAUGCGAUGUACUAUUGGGGAGUUGUUCAACGCUUUUCCUAUCACAAGCAAGGAGAAAGAUGACUUAAGCUGUUGCCCAGAAAAGGAGAGAUCUCCACAGUUGAGUCAUAAGUCUCUUGGACAGUUAAAUAAUGGUGUGGCACAGGUCCCUAAUACAACAUACAAUCCAGAUUUGGUAAAGUUUAGGGAGAAGCUUCCAGUGUAUGAGCAAAGACAAGAUCUCAUUAAUGCUGUAACACAUAACCAGGUAAUAAUAGUGGCAGGUGCUACUGGAUGUGGCAAGACUACGCAGCUACCUCAAUUGAUUUUAGAUUAUUGCCAAGAAAACAAGCAACCCGCUAGAAUAUACUGCACCCAACCGAGGAGAAUUUCAGCUGUUUCUGUUGCAGAGAGGGUGGCAUAUGAACGAAUGGAAAAGAUAGGCCAGUCCAUAGGAUAUCAAAUUCGCCUUGAAUCUCGAGUGAGUCCCCGCACAGUGCUCACCUACUGCACUAACGGAGUGCUGCUGAGGACUCUCAUGGGUGGUGAUGCUGCUUUGACGGGCGUGACGCACGUGCUGGUGGACGAGGUGCACGAGCGGGACAAGUUCAGCGACUUCCUGCUGGUGGCGCUGCGCGACGCGCUCGCGCGCCUCAAGGACCUGCGCCUGGUGCUCAUGUCCGCCACCAUGGACACGCAGAUAUUCUCCAGGUAUUUUAGCAAUUGCCCAGUAAUAACUAUCCCCGGACGCUUGCACGAAGUGCAGAGAUAUUAUCUCGAAGAUAUUCUAAAAAUAACAAAAUACAGUACAAAGAAAAUGGCUCAAGUGGAACGAGAGCUGAAAAACAAAUUGAAAUCUGGACAAAGUUACUGGUCGCAUUUAGAAGGACAGAAACAAAUCACUCAAGAAGAGAACAAUAAAGAGGAUAAAGAAAUCCAUUUGGACCCCACUCUUCAGGCAGAUAUGGAUGAGUUUCUCGAUGAAUGUUUCAAUGAAGGCACUUUGGACUCGUUCAGCCAGGUGCUGUACAUGUUCGUGUCGGAGGGCGUGCCGGCGGGCGCGGCGCACGCGCGCUGCGGCCGCGCCGCGCUGCACGCCGCCGCCGCGCACGGCCUGCCCGACGUCGCGCGCCAUCUGCUGCGCAUCGGCGCAGAUCCAUCUCACAAGGACAAAAGUGGUAAAACAGCAUAUGACUAUGCGAUAGAAAACGGACAUACAGAAUGUGCUCAAUUACUGGCCACAUACAACUACACAGAAGAAUCUAAGGAUAAUCAAGAAGAAGAUAGCGAGCAGGACAACUUUCUUCUAGAUGUCUACAACCAUACUUUCUCAGAAGAAUUGAUAGACCAUGACCUCAUGCUUGCGCUCGUGAAACACAUACACUUGAACAUGGCGAAAGGAAGCAUCCUUAUAUUCUUACCAGGAUACGAUGAUAUAGUCACUCUGAGAGACUUAAUCCAGGGAUGCACAGAAAUGAAUGCCAUGAAGUACCAGAUAUUCACUCUGCACAGCAACAUGCAAACCUUGGACCAGAAGAAAGUUUUCAAUCCAUUACCGAAUGCGAGGAAAAUUAUAAUUUCCACCAAUAUUGCGGAAACGUCAAUAACGAUUGAUGACGUUGUGUACGUGGUGGACUCUUGCAAAGUGAAGGAAAAGUAUUAUGAGUCGAAUGGCGGUGUUUGUUCGUUGCAGUGCGUUUGGACGUCAAGGGCCUGUUGCCAGCAGAGGGCUGGAAGGGCUGGUAGAACAAAGCCAGGGCACUGCUUCCACAUGUGUUCUAAACGAAGGUUCAAAACCCUACCUCUCAAUUCAGUGCCAGAAAUCCUCAGGGUCCCCCUACAAGAAUUGUGCCUUCACACGAAACUGCUAACACCGGGCAAUACCCCAAUAGCAGACUUUCUAUCGAAAGCUUUAGAACCACCGUCCUUUUUGGCCGCUAGAAAUGCGGUUUCGUUGUUGAAAACGAUCGGAGCUCUUACUCCAAUGGAGGAUCUGACAGAGAUAGGUCAGCAUCUGCUGGAUUUAACAGUGGAACCGAAGUUAGGGAAAAUGUUGUUAUACGCGUGUGUCAUGAAGUGCCUCGACCCGAUUCUGACGAUUGUAUGCAGUUUAGCAAAUAAAGAACCUUUCCAGAUAUCAAUGAAUCCAGAAAAUAGGAAAAAAGGUGGCUUAGCCAGGAAAGAGUUUGCUGCCGAUAGUUUUUCAGACCACAUGGCCUUGUUACGAGCUUUCCAAGCGUGGCAGACUGCCAGAGCCAAUGGCACGGAGAAGGCGUUUUGUGCUAAAAAUUUAAUCUGUGGAGCCACAAUGGAAAUGAUAGUGGGUUAUCGAUCGCAGCUGUUAGCGCAACUUCGGGCUUUAUGUCUAGUUAAAGCCAGAGGUUCGGGUGACAUAAAAGAUGUAAAUUUGAACUCUGAAAAAUGGCAUGUUGUUAAAGCGGUGUUAGUUAGUGGACUGUACCCAUCUAUAGCGAGAGUGGACAGAGAUUCUUCGACGCUACGAACUUCUAAAGAGGUCAAAGUAGCUUUCCAUCCGAGUUCGACGUUACAUCGCGGAGGCGGUGUGACGGGAUCGCAAAAAUCAGUUCAAAGCCUACCAACAGAUUGGGUGGUUUUUGAAGAAAUAUCUCGCGUUGGACGAUUUUGUUUCAUUCGUUGCAAUACUUUAGUAACGCCGUUAACAGUCGCCUUGUUUGGGGGUCCGUUACGUCUUCCCGGGGGAGCUUUGACACAGAGAGCCAAUCCCCCGGGAUUGUCGAGUGACUCGGACAGCGAGGCCGAUGAAAACAACUCCUCACCAGACACAGCUGUACUGACUUUAGACGAUUGGAUGGCGUUCACUGCAGACGCGUCGGACGCCAUUAGCGUUUAUUACUUACGACAAAAGCUAUGCGCUUUAGUUAUCCGACGAAUGUCGAAUCCCGCUAAACCUAUGACGCCCCUCGACGAGCAAAUACUAAACACUGUGAUACACGUUCUAGGGGCAGAAGAGAAGAAUGUAGGUCUCAACCAACCCAGUGGCAUAGGGCAGAGGCCGAAACCGCUAACAUUAGAUUCGCCGAAUUGGCGUAUGAGGGUAGACGAAGAACAAUAUCGCCAUGAAAACAAAUUCCACCCCCAAUAUGGCCAAAAUGAAUACGGGAAUAACUUUUAUCAAAAUAACUAUAACUACAGAAAUGGUCAGAGGCCCGGCUGGAGGAACGAUGGUGUACCGCUGGGUUUUCCCCCCCAAUACAAUGGUCCUAAAAGCCCGAUGUCCCCGAAUGGUAAAACUUUGCUCGCGAACAUAGAGAAAUACGCGGAGGGAGGUGAACCUAAUGUGAGAUACUUCGUAGUGAAGGCGGAUGAUUUGCAUAUCGUUGAGGCGGCGCAGACUACUUGCAAUUUCCCAUUCACCGCGAAUACUCUGAAGAAAUUGCAGAAAUGUAGACAGGAGGGCAGCCGUGUUGUGGUGUUCUUCUCGUGCGCGAGCGCCGCCAAGUUCGCGGGCGCGGCCGCGCUCGGCGACACGCUGGAGUGGCUCUCCGUGCACCACGCGCCCUACCACGUGCUCAGACACAUAACGAACGGUCUCGCCGGCAACAGCCGCGUGGCGGGCGCGCGCGACGGCACGGAGCUGUGCGCGUCGGCCGGCCGCGCCCUGCUCGCCGCCCUCGCGCCGCGCCGCCGGCACCCGCACCCGCCGCACCCGUCGCACCCGCCGCACCCGUCGCACCCGUCGCACCCGCACCCUUCGCACAGUGCGCACCCGCCGCACCCGCGCGCCAUACAGAAACACGCGCCUGACUCG